GUCCAGGCAGGAGUGGGGGUCCAGGCAGGAGAAACCGGUGAAGACUUGUCGGGGAGAGCCGGAGGGGAAGGAGGAUGGCGGGGGAUCCUGGACAGCUGACUGUGUGGAGGCAGGAGAAAACAAAGUUAAAAAACACGGCAGGAACUCAAAACAGAUCUUGUAGAAGCUAGAGAGCAAACUGAACUGCGUGGUUCUUGUUCAACAAUCUGGCAGGGAGUGGAAGGCUGAGCCGGUUCUUAUUGCAGGGGUGAUUAAUCAGCGUGAUGUCUCUCAGCUGUCCGGGAGCCGUGGAGGUGGUUGAUUGCCUGAGUGGAGUCAGCUGAGAAGCUAGACUCCACUCAGGCACCGAGCUGUAGGGGAAAGACAGGACAGAGGAGCAGGAGAGGGAGGAAGAACCAGAUGGGAAAAGGGUAUUGGGGAGGUCAGGUGGGAAAGACGGGGGUGAGAAGGGAGCCGUGACAAACCUUCUGUUGAGGAACGCCUAAAGAUCUGCUUUUAUUAAGCCAACCUGAAAGAAUCGCUAAAACUUUGAACUACAUGACUGGGUUAUCGGAUCACAAUGCUCUCUUUGAUUCAAGGAAGCUCAUAAAAAUGUGUCUUCAAGAGUCACAUAGACCUAAAGUUUCUCAAUGUGUAAAUCCAAAAAAUCAGCUGCAGAAUCUUGAGGCAUCUUUGCAAAGACCUGACUGAAGCGAAACAAUUCAAAGCAAGGACAGCGAAACUUCCAGCCAUUUGUUCUUGACAAAAUUUAAUGAAGGAAUGUCAAACUUAACCAGAAAAGGAAAGCAGUGUAAAAGAAAAAGGAAUUCAUUACGUUGGUUAAAUGAUGAAUGUAGGAAACCGAUGAAGGACCGGGAUGAGCAACCUAAAAGAUUCACAUUUUUAAGAAAUAAAGUCACUCAAAAGGGAAUGACAAAAAGAUCUGGAAAAAUCUCAGUAAAUUAAUUGACAAAGGAAUAAAAGACUCAAACAAAAAUAUUGACCUCAAAUUGAACAUUGCCAUGGUAACUAGUCCAGCCAUCCUGGAUUGAACCAUUUCUUCCUGAACUCAGUCAGAGAGAUAACUGAAAUGUUUCCAACCACCAGACCCUUUAAUAAUGCAUAAUUAACUAUUAAUUCAUAAGUAGUUAUUAAUAAUCCUGCAUGGCCUGUCUUCUCGCUACCAGAAAUAACAGAGCUGGAAGCUGCUAGCAUCAUUAGCUCAUUAAAGAAAGCAGUAGCCAAGGACGUACCUGGGAUGGAUGCAAAUGUUCUGACUUUCACCAGUGACAUCUAUGGUUAAUUUAUCCUUAAACUGAAGGUUGUUCCGUCAUCUAGGAAAAAGGCUGCAGUCUCCCUAAUCCUCAAAUCUGGUGACCGUUCCAACAUAGCCACCUAUCAGCCAAUCAGUAUCCUCCCAGUGGGUCCUACAGCUGCUGAGAGGUGGGUAAAAGGAUCUAAAAGAGCAUGUACAUGAAGACCACUCCCCUUUACAUCCAGUGCAGUUUGGUUUCUGUGAAAAUCACUCUACAGAAUCUGCAAACCGUUUCUAGAAAGGCCUGAAUGCAUGUUGGACACUAAGGCUUGAAUUGGUGCCGCAGUUUUAGAUUUGAGAAAGACAUUGAACCCUUGUUUUAUUUACCUGUCUGGAGACUGCAGAUGUAAAUUAGCAUUGUUGCUAUAAUCCAGCAUAUUUACCUCUAUUGCUGUCUAAAUAGGCGUUCAUUAAUCAGCACUGUCCCUAUCUAAGAAAAACACAAAACUACACAAAGACACACUAAACUAGACAAAGACACAGAAAACUACACAGUCAGACACAGGACAACCACAAAGAGACACAAAACCACCACAAAGACAAAUUCUAAUUAUUCUGUUGGUUUUAUUUUCCAGGCUAAUUAAUCCAUUAAUUAUGUUCUGUUUUCAUCACAUUUCUAGAGUUUAUUGUUGCAGUGAUUUUCUAGCUCUCUGCUGCCUGUAUGAACAAACUCUGACCAUCAUUACAAAUCAUCUGUUUUAUUUUCCUCCAGUUGUUGUGCUUCUGUUGUGUUACUGCAGGACAAUAAUCCCAUUCCAGACUGUGGUCCUCAAAGCAAACCAUCUGAACGUUGAUUCUGAGGAGAUCCAUCUUCUGUUGGUUUCCAUUCGUCGCUCGUCUGGAAUGAGACUGAAGAGAGAAGAAGAAGAAGAAAAAGAAGGAAAAGAAGAAGAAGAAGAAGGAAAAGAAGAAGGAAAAGGAGAAGAAGAAGGAAACGGAGAAGAAGGAGACAAGAGUAAAAGACAAAGAAAAACAGAAGAAGCAGAAACAGAGGAAGAGCUGCAUCAGCAGACAGACGUCAGAUAUCAGAUUCUCAUGUUUGUCUUCAAUCAUCUGAAGCUGAACCAAUCAUGAUGCAGGGGCGGAGCUCCACUGUGGAUGGGUGACAGACAGGACUGGCGGCCAUGAUGACGUCCAUCAGAGGACAGAACCUGAACCUGCUGGUGUUGUGUGUGUUCCUGGUUUGUCCUGAAGUGGGCGUGGCUCUGGAGCUUCAGCCGUCAGCCCCUGAAGUUCUGCUCGACUCAAACUCCAACUUCACUGUGGUGUGUUCAGGGUGGAGUCAGGUGGUGUGGCGAUUCCCUCAGGACCUCCAGGUAGACGGGGCUUUUGUGGACAGUCGGGGGUCCAGCAGCGUCCUGCAGCUCGUUAAUGUCACCUGGAGGAACUCUGGGAGAUACACCUGUGAGGAGGAGGCGUCCAAUCAGAGCAGAGACAUCAGCAUCUUCAUACCUGGACAAGAUCCAGACCAAUGGUUUGUCCCGGUUGGUCCAGGUGUGGUGAUGAAGGAGACGGAGGAGGACACCAUCCCCUGCGUGGUGUCUGACCCGCAUCUCAACGUGUCUCUGCUGGAGCGUCCCAGCAGGACACCGGUGGACGGGUUGACAUAUGAGCCGGGCCGUGGCUUCACCGGUCGCCUCAACGACACGUCAUACGUGUGCUUGGCCGCCCGCGGAGACAAAGAGAGAGAGUCCCAGGUGUACUACGUCUUUAGCAUCGUAGUCCCUCAGGUGAUGGAGGUGGACCUGUCUGUCUCCAGCAGUGUGCUGAAGCAGGGGGAGGUUCUCACUGUGAACUGCACCGUCAAAGACACCGAGAUGGUGUUCUUCACCUGGGACUUCCCCCGCAGACAGGAAAUUGAGCCUCUGACAGAUUUUCUGCCCAAUCGGAUUCGCUCCUUCAUUAACAUCUCCACAGCAACCGUGGCAGAUUCAGGUGUGUAUGUGUGUGCGGUUCAGGAGACGAUGGAGGGACGAACUGUGGAGAAAAACAUCACAGUGACUGUUCUGGAUCGAGGCUACGUCUACCUGUGGGCCUCAGGUGAGACUCACCUGUCAACUGUCCUCCAUCAGUCGGUUCAGUUCUCCGUGGAGGUCGACGCUCACCCCCCACCCCUCGUCCUCUGGACAGGAAAUAACCAGUCUGUUGCCAUGGAAACCUCCUCCAUCAUCACCACACACCUGAGAGGAAGCAGGUAUGUCAGCACCCUCACGUUGGUUCGUGUGCAGCUGGAUCAGACAGGAAGUUACACGGCGACUGCGUCCAAUGAUGAUGACAUCGAGGAGGUCAUUUUCUACCUGCAGGUCCAAGCGCCCCCCAGGAUCACGUCUCUGUCGGAGGUGGGCACUAACGGUGUGUUGUGUGUCAGUGAAGGAUCUCCUCCACCCUCUUUUACCUGGUACACCUGUCACAGCUCACAGAGGUGCAGUAAUCUGAGUGGUGGCUGGACGAGCCUAUCAGCAGCCUCGGAAGGUGUUACUGUGCAGCAGAACAUCACGCAGGGGAAGGAGGGGGGCAUCACCAAGGUACACAGUUUGUUGAGUCUCCAGGCUCUCAGCUCCCUGUCUGCGGUUCGAUGUGAAGCCAAAAACUCUGCAGGACGUCGAGCGAGGGACCUGCGAAUACUGUCCAACUCUCUUCUGUCUCAGGUUACAGUUCUCUCAGCGGUUCUGGUUCUGGUUGUCAUUGCCAUCAUCUUCCUUAUCCUCCUCAUCGUCCUCUGGAGAAAAAAACCUCGUUAUGAGGUUCGGUGGAAGGUGAUAGAGUCGGUGAGUCCUGAUGGAACACAGUACACCUACCUGGACCCAGCGCACCUGCCCUACUGUGAGGGCUGGGAAGUACCACGAGACCACAUAGUACUAGGUCAGGUGCUUGGUUCAGGUGCGUUCGGUUGUGUCGUCGAGGCAACCGUCUCUGGUCUGAUUCACUCUCAUUCUACAACUAAAACAGCUGUGAAGAUGGUAAAACAGAGAAGUGAUGCGGUUCCGUCUCUAAUGUCAGAGUUGAAGGUUCUGGUUCAUCUCGGUCCUCACUUGAACGUCGUCAAUCUGCUGGGAGCCUGUACCAGAGGAGGACCUGUCUACCUGAUCACAGAGUUCUGUCGUCAUGGCGACCUAGUCAAUUAUCUACAGAGGAACAAACACACCUUUCUACACAGAGACACAGUGAACGGUGACAGUGAUGGGGGCUACAUGGAUAUGACCAAAGAGGAGAACGUUCAGUAUGUCGCCAUGAAGGAGCUCAGCUACGCCGACAUCCAACCGGACGUCUACGAGACGCCGUUCACACCAACAGACCAGCAGGAGGCGUCGUCCCUCCUCCUCAGUGACUCUCCUCAGCUCAGCCUCAGUGACCUCAUUGGUUUCUCCUACCAGAUCUCUCAGGCAAUGGACUUCCUCUCCUCCAGAAAGUGUGUCCACAGAGAUUUAGCAGCGAGGAACGUCCUGGUCUGUGAGGGCAAGCUGGUGAAGGUCUGUGACUUUGGUUUGGCCAGAGACCUGCUGAAGGACCAGAACUACAUCGCCAGAGGAACCAGCUUCCUGCCACUGAAGUGGAUGUCUCCAGAGAGCAUCUUCCAGAACAUCUACAGCUCCCAGAGUGACGUCUGGUCCUACGGAGUCUUACUGUGGGAGAUCUUCUCUCUGGGUUCCAGUCCAUACCCCAACCUGCCGAUGACUCAGGAGUUCUACUCAGCUCUGAAGAGAGGAUACAGAAUGAACCCGCCUGAACAUGCAUCUCUUGACAUGUACGACCUGAUGAGACGCUGCUGGGAGGAGCAGCCUCAGACCAGGCCUACUUUCUCCUCAUUGGUCGUCACCGUGGGCAACAUGUUGAGUGACGACUACAAACAGCGUUACCUCCAGCUCACUGAAGACUUCCUGAAAGGAGAGAAUCCAGCUGUGGUUCGAUCCAGAUGGAGUUCAUCCAGAACCGCUGAGGAUCAGACGGACAGACAGACACACACACACGGAAGUGGCCCCGCCCCCCAGGUGGGUGUUCAACUGUCGGAAGCGGACCCAGUAGAGGCAGGCUCCUCCCACAGCCCUUACAUCAUCUCCAUCGGUGAUGUCACCAUUGAAAGCGACGGCACUGCGCUGGACGCAGAUAGCCCUCAACUCUCAGACGCUGCUGCCAUCUUGGACUCUCAGGAAGCAGCGUCAUCGUGUGAGGUCACACAGGAAGCGGCGUCAUCGUGUGAGGUCACACAGGAAGCGGUGUCCUGCAGACGUGAGGAAGAGGAGAGCAGCCUGUGAAGUGUCAGAUGACAGGAAGUAGCCAGGUUUAUUUAGCCCAGUCCUGCCCUCAGCAGUGACUGUCAGGCUACAGCAGGUCUCAUAGCCUUCAUAUCGUUACUCUGCUUUGCUCUAAAUGUAUAUCUGCUCUUUUUACUCAAACUGCUGACUGCUGUCAGAACUGAAGCUCGUUAUUAAAGUAUAUUCCUGAACCUGA